AAAAUGAGAAGCUCAAACCCAUAGCGAGUAGCGACGCACCCCCGACCGGCGCUCACCCCACCCAUCCCCGACCGGCGCUCACCCCACCCAUCCUCGACCGGCACUGCAGCAGCAGGUCGAGCCACCAUUCCCGAGCGGCGCGCCGCCUCGAUCAACAGCAACAGCAACAAGUCGCAGUAGCAGCGCAGAUCGGCGGCAGCAGCAGUGCGUGGCUGGCAGCUGCAAUCUCCGGCAACAGCUACAAACAGAGGGAGUAUACAUCAAAACUCACUUGGCAACACCAAACUCUGGCAGUGACAUUGUGCUUCAUAGUGGCUAGGAUUGCCUUGUACUUAUUGGAAUUUCCAGGAAUGGUAUUAGCAACUCUCCAUAUUAUUUCUUAGACGAUUCAACCCAUAUACGCCAGUGAUAAAUAAACUUUUGAAGGUUUUGAUACGCCAAUAAUUUGGUAAAAUUACUGGUGAACUUUGAAAGUUUGGUCUUUGAUAUCUACUUUCAGUUACCAAUUACAGAAUUAUCGAACCUGAACUUUGGAAGUACCAAACGCCCAACGCCUAACCUUAAUUCCCUCCUUAUUAUCUCCAUCCAGGAGCUGAUAAAUUCCACAAAAUCUCAAUGGCUUCAAAACUCUCUUCUCGUUUAGUUUAUCGUCUAGCUUCCCAUUGCCUUCGUUCUGCCGUCACUGGCGCCACUACCACAACCACCGCUGCUCUAUCCAGAUCUCACCCUUUGAUUUCAGUUUUCCACCACCAAUCGCAGCCGUUAGUAUUUCCCCAUUUUAAUACCAACCAAACUGUUUUCACCCUCAGAUCCUUCUCCACACUCUCCCGGCCCGCACGAUCUCACCGUUCAGCUCGGCCUGAUAUCGCAGCCAAAGCCCGGCAACUCCAAACCCGCCGUCUGUGGACCUAUGCCAUCACAUUCAGCUGCAUAGCAGGAUUCAUAGUAAUAGUCCUUAACCAAUUCCAAGACCAACUUGUAUUCUAUUUAACCCCUACAGAUGCUCUAGCAAAACAUGCUGAAAACCCUACAAGAUCCAAAUUUCGACUCGGUGGAUUAGUACUAGAAAAUAGUGUAACACCAAUACCCAAUUCCCCAGAAAUGGAAUUUGUGAUAACUGAUUUGAUAACUGAUAUUUUGGUUAAGUAUGAUGGGUCGUUACCGGAUCUUUUUCGGGAAGGGCACUCCGUUGUAGUAGAAGGGUUUAUAAAGCCAUUUACUGAAGAGAUGAAGAAGAAAGAGAAUGAAAUCUUGAGUGAGAAAAAGUUACAGCUAACUGAGAAGGCGAGAGGUGGGGAUUGUUAUUUUGCAGCUACUGAAGUGUUAGCUAAACACGAUGAGAAGUAUAUGCCUCCUGAAGUUGCAGCUGCACUUGAGAAGAAUAAACAGUUGCUUAGUCAGAUGGAAGGGAAUGAGAAAGAGGGCGAUGAUGCAGCACCUCCAGCUACAGCGAGGGCGUAAGGCUCAGCCAAUUAUAGGUUAUGGUAAAAAUUCUAAUUAAUUAUUUUCCCGAAAUGAUGGAGUUUUGUUAAAUUUCAAUUAUGACUAUAUUAUUGAAGGAAGUUAGAAAAAUGAAGGGAUUUAUAGUUGGUUUACUGAGGUUAUACAAUGAAUUUUGUUGUCAUAGAAUUUAUGUCCUGUACUAACCCUGAGGAAUGGGGUUUCAGUUUUGAAAUUUUGGAAUAUUUAGUGAAUAAAUGACAGUAAUAUAUUUUUAUGACAUCAGGGGCUUGUAUUCUGUGUGUACACUCAAUAUAGAGGUCAUUAGAGAAAGAAAUCACUUCCAAGUUU